AUGGCGACAGAAGACAGAACUGAAGAAUUGGAAGCGGAACUAGGAAAAAUCAAAUGCGACGUGAUUGGCAUAAGUGAGACAAGGAAAAGAGGCGAAGGAUACACUAAGCUCAAAUCAGGUCAUAAGCUCUAUUACAAAGGACUCGAAAACUCCAGUCUAAGAGGCAUAGGCAUACUGGCAUAUGCGCCCACAAGCACCGCUGAAGACAAAGAGGUUAGCAAAUUCUACGAGGAUAUCUCGGAAGGAAUGCGCAACAAUAAAACAUCACAAGUUUUAAUGAUCGGCGACUUCAACUGCAAGAUUGGAGGCCAAGCAGACCCAGUGGAAAAUACGUAG